CUAGCUAGUGAGGCUUGAGGCCUUGAGCUAGCUAGGAGCUGCUGUAACCAUGGCGACCAGGACGAUGGUGCUGCUCCCCGUGCUCCUCUCGAUCGUGCUCCUGUCCGUCUCCACCGCCACCACCGCGCUGACGCAGGACUUCUGCGUCGCCGACCUACUCCGCGGCGGCGACACGCCGGCAGGCUACAUCUGCAGGCCGCCGGCGACGGUCACCGCGGCGGACUUCUACAACGGCGGCCUGGCCAAACCGGGCAUCCUCAUCGAGCCCUUCAACACCAGCCUCGCCUCGGCCUUCGUCAAGCAGUACCCCGCCCUGAACGGGCUCGGCAUCUCCGCCUCCCGCGUCGACAUCCUCCCCGGCGGUGUCGUGCCGCUGCACACCCACCCGGCCGGCACCGAGCUCCUCUACGUCCUCGAGGGCACCAUGAAGGCAGGCUUCAUCUCCUCCAACUCAAACAAGGUCUACACCAAGGUUUUGAGCAAGGGCGACCUGUACCUGUUCCCCCAGGGCCUGCUCCACUUCCAGUACAACACCGGCGACACGACGGCGGUGGGGUUCGCCGCGUACAGCAGCCCGGACCCCGGCCUGCAGAUCCUCGACAGCGCGCUCUUCGGGAACAACCUGCCGACGCCCGACGUGGUGAAGGGGACGUUCUUGGCCGAAGCCGAGGUGAGGAAGCUCAAGGCUCGGUUCGGCGGCAGCGGCUAAUUAAUUAACUCUCAUCUCACACACAGAUCGACAUGGUUAAUUUGGUGUGGCAAUAAUUUUCUUUCUGAGUAGUCAUGAAUGCGUGUUUGUUCAGGUUAACUUCGUCUCGGAAUGUUUCGGUGGACAAUAAUAUAUAUGUUACUUAACAAAAUUGCCUCCUGAUGCAAAUUAAUUAAGCUGUUCGGUGCAAACCAAGGCUAAAAUAUGCCAUGCAAAAUUAGUAACUUGGUGUGGCGUGGACAGGGGCAUGCACUGGCAACGAUUGAGGACAUACUGAUUAGUACUACGCUUGUACUAGAAUUUAAUUUGUUAUCUUUUGUUUCAAUUUGGGUAGAUAUCAUAUGAAA